AUCCCUCACUCCAAACCACCCACUCCCCAGCCCAAAAACCAAAAGUCCAAAAAGCCACUUUCAAGUUCAGCCAACUAGUACUGCUCUUUCUGUGUAAUCUUUUUUCAACUCUCUCUCUCUCUCUCUCUCUCUCUCUCUCCCUCCCUCCCUCCCUCCCUCCCUCUUCCACUUUCUCUCUCUACUCAUUACCAAAAACACCACCGCCACCAUCACCGGAGCCUUAAACACAAACCCCAAAAAAUGGAGUCAAAGCCACGGCCGCCGGGGGCAACGGACAUGGCGAUCGACCAGAUGCCGGAGACGCCGAAGCGUGGUUCCCACCACCGUAGGGCCCACUCGGACACCUCGUUCCGUUUCCCGAACCUCGACGACCUCCUCCUCUUCGACGCCUCCGACCUCGACCUGACCUCCCUUCCUUCACCAUCGCCUUCCCCUUCUCCGGUGGGCCUCGAUCACCCUUCCAAGUCCUCCUCCGACGAGUUUUCCGGCCCAACAACAAGGCCCAGCACCACCAGACCCAGCGCCUCUUCCGGCGCUCCGGCCCAUAUCCGGAGCCUGUCGGUGGACUCGGACUUCUUCGACGGCUUGGGUUUUGGCGGCGGAGAGACGGCGGCGAAGGAGGCUGUUGGAGAGAAGAGGGGAGGGCGUCACGGCCAUAGUAACUCAGUUGAUGGGUUCUGUACGGCGUCGUUUGAGGUUGAUUCUGUUGGUGGUCUUCUUGGGGUUGAUGCUGUUAAGAAGGCUAUGGCUCCUGAUAGGCUCGCCGAGCUUGCUCUUAUUGACCCCAAACGAGCUAAAAGGAUUCUUGCUAACAGACAAUCUGCUGCGAGGUCGAAGGAGAGGAAGAUACGUUAUACCAAUGAAUUGGAGAGGAAGGUACAGACACUUCAAACCGAAGCAACCACCCUUUCUGCGCAGGUCACACUGUUACAGAGAGACACUACUGGGUUAACUUCUGAGAAUAAGGAGCUCAAACUUCGGUUACAGGCUAUGGAACAACAAGCAGAACUUAGAGAAGCUCUGAAUGAAAAAUUGAAGGAAGAAGUUCAGCGGCUUAAGAUCGCAACCGGUCAAAUGCCGCACGUCAAUGGCAAUCCAUUCAACAGAGGACUGCCUCCUCAAUUCGCGUCCCAACAGCCAGUCCUCCACCACUUUGGUAGCCACCAGAGUCAGCAGCAACAGCAGCUUCACAUGCCUCAGUCAUCAAGCAAUAAUGGGCAGCCUCACCUGGGCUUCUUGGACUUCAACCAAAGGGUCUAGAAUGAUGAAAAUUGUUUAACAGGAAAAACUUCAUGUUUGUGGAAUCAAGAGGAUCAUGAUAAGUGAUUAUAACCCAUCUCAGAUAGCUUUUGUACAUGUAGAUAUUAUGUAUAUGUAUGUGAUUGCAGUUUAAUGGUUGUGAAGAGUGGCUUUGCUAAUAUCAGUCCCUUGUAUCAGUUAUUCACAUAUAUGGCUUCUCAAUGUUAUUGCUAGGAUAGGAUUACUCAGAACAUGUUGUAAAGCAAAACCCUGUUGCACCACCUAUGGUUAGAUGGAUAUUGUUUAUUUUAUAUGAUUUACUCUA